AUUCGAAUUGCAAAAAUAAAACAAAUGCCGUCUUGGUGUGUCCCACUCUCCAAGGAAUUAAUUUUAUUCCAUAUUACAGAGAGAAAGAAGACAGUGGCGUCGAUAACUGUCUGCUUGGUCAGUAUGUUAGCAACGCAAGUCCAUUGCAGCUGUCUAUGCGACUGUUCCAAUCCGUUUCUCCAUCAGACCCAAAAGCUCUACACGCCAUAUUUUCCUCAAGAAUACCAUGACUACAACCACAACCAAUGGCUUAACUUCUUUCAGCAACCGCUGGGGAAUUCACACAGAGAUUUGCGGGUGAAGCCACAGCAGAAGCCAAAAGUACUAUCCUACCCUCAAGCUCAGAAGCAAUCGAAAUGUACCCAGAAAGGCGGGUGUGGUAAUGUAGGAAUGGAGAUGGGUAUCAAAGAAAUGGGGAUGGAUAAAGUGGAAAUGAAGAUGGGCAUGGGAGGAAUAAAGUCAAGUGAUGGAGGAAUGAACAAGGGUAGUGAAAUGAAGAUGGCCAUGGGAGGAAUGAAGAUGAGUAAUGGAGGAAUGAAAAUGGAUAGUGGAUUAAUGAAAAUGAGUAAUGGGGGAAUGGUUAUGGGUGCUGUAAAAAUGGAAAUGAGCAGUGGAGGAAUGAAUAUGGCUAGUGAAAAAAUUGAAAUGAGUAGUGGAGGCAUGGGAAACCGUGAUGGGGGAAUGGAAAAGGAUAACGGUAAACUUGGAGGAAACGAUGGGAAGAAAGAGCAAGAAAAGAAACCCGAAAUCCCAAAGAUGGAAAUGAGUGGUGAUAAAAAAAUGAACAGUGUCCAACAAGUCAGUCCUAUGAAGAUGUCCCCUGAAGUGGACAUGAAAGUGGCUAAUAAAGAAGAACAUGAAGACCAUCAUCAUCAUUACGAUUAUGAAGACGACAAGAAUAUAUAUUACAAAUUUGGGUACGCUGUCAACGACAAGAAGACUCACGACAUCAAGUACCAAAAAGAAGAGAGAAAAGGUGACGUCAUAACCGGAGAGUAUGCUAUCACGGAAGAAGAUGGUAAUGUCAGAACAGUGAAGUAUGUUGCAGAUUGGAAAAACGGAUUCAAGGCACAGGUGCUAAAUUCCAAAGAAAAGAUGGGGUCAUUGUUGUUCUAGAAGCUGGACAAGCUUAUUCCUAAUUUCUAAAUGGGAUGCUACACCAUAUUUGGCAGAAAGUCCGAGGGGUCUAAAGCGUUUCAAAUCGCUAUAGACAGCUGUUCACGAUGCCAGGAUGCUGUCUUUCAGAACCUGAUGGCUAUCGAGUGAGCAUUUUUCAUGAGAAUGUGUGGUUUGUGGCUUCAACAGCAAAUUGGCGCCCUAGAAGUGGUUCGAAAUCCACUAUGAUCUGUAGGUCUAGCUCUUCCUAACCCCGCAGAAGUUUCGACUUCUGGGGUGUUGGUUUUCAAUAUAUCGGAGUUGGGAUAUACAAAAAACAUAUCCAUUAGGUGGUUUUCAGGGGAAAGUUGAUUCAUGUUAUGACAUCUGAAAAAUGGGGGUCAUAAGUUGGUGCUUCGAGAGCGUGAGGUCAAUGUCAUAGUCAAAUAUCCCAAAUUAAAUUUCGUCGGAGAGACCAUUUUUGAUGCGGCAUUUCUUUUCCACCCACGUUAAAGAGAUACGAAUGUAUUCUUGGUUGCAUAGUAAUCUGUCACUUGGUUUUCUAUCAUUGUUGAAGACCCGUUAUUUUCCAAUUCAAUGUUCCAUGGAUAUUGCGAAAAUUGAUUGAUAUAUAUAGUCAUUAUUCAAACGUGGAUCACCCUGUAUGACCUGUUCCAGGACAUAUUUCUCAGAAACGGGUAGGAUGGCUAACAUUGAAUUUUUCCAGUACUUUACGAAAGCACUGUAUACAGGGUGUUUCAUUACCAAUUGGAA